AUGUGCGCAGUAGCGUCAGGGCCUAACUCCAUUCCAGUCUCCCCAGAUUGGGGCAAGAGGUUGCUUAGUCGGGAGGAGCAGGAGCGUGCCGAGGGUCCGGACAUGGGGGAGAUCCAGCAACCCUCGGCAGACCAGUCCCACGCCGGGACUACGUUGCUAAUUGAGGAAGGGUCUAGGCGUAAACGGGACCACAGGGGCGAGCUAAACGACGCCGCAACUGAAGGGGACCGUACGCAGGACAUGAGCACUAAAGAACCACAGUGGUGGCGCGAGCAGAGGACGCAGGAAAACACCACUUCCAAGGGGACUCUGUAG